AUGUCAGCUACUUCUCCUCCUAAAACAACUAUCAGAUAUAUGAAGAGAGCUAUUGCUGAUUUCUUUUGGGGGUGGGAUAAGGAAAAAAGGAAAUAUCAUUGGGCUUCUUGGGAUAAAUUGAGUUUACCUUAUGAUGAAGGAGGCAUUGGAGUAAGAAAACUUGAAGAUGUUUGCACCUCUCUUAAAUUCAAGCAAUGGUGGACUUUCAGAACUAAACAAACCUUAUUGGGGCAAAUUCUGAGGGCUAAAUAUUGCCAAAGGGCUCACCCUGUGGCCAAAAAGCAUCAUACAGGGCAAUCCUUGAUCUGGAAUUUUAUGUCAAAAAAUAAAGGCAUUGCCGAGGCUCAAAUCAAAUGGAAAAUCAAUUCCGGUAAUAGCUCCUUUUGGUGGGAUGAUUGGUUGGGAGAGGGUCCUUUAGCCUCAUAUUGCACUCAUAUUAUUAGUCUUAACACCACCGCAAUCUCUCAAUUUCUAGUAGGUGGAAACUAG